CACCACAAAAUCCCAUUUAUAACGAUGUGUCAGACAGGACAGCCCGCACUAUUAAACUCGACAUCAUGUGUUCCCGUCCUCAUCAUCAUAAAACAUCGUAUUAGUAUUAGUACUGUGACAGACAUGUCCAUUUGCGGAAGGAAUCCACCACUCCCUCGGUCGGCUUGAACGAUAUGGAGAACCCGAAUGCUGCCGGUCAGUCCCCUUUCUUCCUCGUGGAAGUGAUCGGUGACUCUGAGGCUGCAUCAGAUCCUGCGUGGAAUGCCGAUGGCUGUGAGGCUGAAGAAGCGGAUCACGACGAUGAUGACGCCGAGUCCAGCAGCUGCGAUUCGUCCGAUCACCGUGAUCUCAAUCCCGGCUUUGACUCUGAGGGCUGCAGAGAUGAUGAAGCGGAAGCUGCAGCGGGAAUGAGCGGGGAUGAGCUGCAGAUAGAUCGGUUCCCAACGUACCGAGCAGGACUGUUCAGUCAGGAUCUGCAGGUUCCGAUGGCGGAGCAGAAGUCCUGCGUAUCCGUUGAUUCGGCUUCUCCGACGAAUGAGCUCAUGAAUGAGAUGGAGAGGAGCAGGCUGUUUUGGGAGGCCUGCUUAGCAUCAUCCUAGGUUUUAUUUUAUUUGUUCUUUUUAACAUUUUUUAGUGCCUUCCCUGUUUAUCUAAUUUCAACCCUUUUGCUUCGUAUUUUCUUGGGAUAAGUUUCAAUUUGGCCACCACAUUUGCAUGCUUUUCUUUUUAAAGCCAAAAUGUUAGUUUUUACCUGGAUAAAGUCAUUAUAUUUUAUAAAAAAAUAUUUUUAUAAGAUCAUUUCUUAAUAGUUUAUCUUAUAUCUUUUUAAAUUCAAAAAUUGAAAAAUAAUUUUAAUAGUUAAUUUCAAAAAUUAAUUAAAAAGAAAGAAAUUAGAACGGAGAGAAAGGACAAAAGGGAAAGAGGCGGUGGUGGUUGCUACCCGGCACCGCCACCCCAAGUAUGAUCGACAACGAUCGCUAAGGACACUGAAGUUUGAGGCUAUGGUAUUUGAAAUGAGGAGAAGUGGUGGCUCACGCGCCACCCCAAAUCUAGUCACAGGAGACUGUUCAUGCCCUUGAGGUUAUUGGCGACCUUGCUCGGGGUAGUGUGGCCAGCAUCAACCACCACCACCGUGCCCUCUCUCCCCUUAUUUCUUUCUUUCUUUUUGUUUAAUUUUCUGGAUUGAUUUUUAAGAUUAUUUUUCCUAUUUUGGAAUUGCAUAAAUGCGAGAGAUACUAUAAAAGGCCUUAUAGAAAUACUUUAUGAAAAAUAAUGACCUUAUUUAAGCAAAAACAACACUUAUGGCCUUAAAACGAAAAGGCCAAAUGUUGUACCCCAAGCUACUUAUCCCUCGUUUCUUCUACCAAAACAGCAAUUUAUUUUUAUUCAUGCACUUGUACUUGAUAUUCUCUAUAUAUGUAUGAAUGUGAACAUGUAUAAUUGUAUAUAGUGAAGCUUCAAAAGAAAGAAUUUACUUAUGCAACCAGAGUUUC